AUGGCUGCUCAAAUCCUACAAGCUAUUACUGUGACUCGGCCAUCUCGUUACAUUCAGGAUGUCGGACAUGCUGAACUGCUUGGUAUCGAGCCGGGUGCUUAUUUUGGUGGAUCUACGGUAGCCGAACAGUUAGAGGCUAAUAGAGCAAACGCAAUGGAUGCAGAAUGGGUUGAGAAGUUAGAGACUGCGUGGAAAUCUCAGGUAUCGGAUUCAUCCACGUCUUCUGAAAUCAAAAGCUCUCCUGUGAAUGACAAGCAAUUAAGAAAAGAUUUAUUUGGCGAAUCGGAUGAGAUACUCAAGGAUGAAGGAAAUUUUCUUCAAUCUGAGUUUGCCGAUCCUCCAGAAGAUCUUUUAAAAGAUGAUACGGACGAUUUGACUCGAUCUGAUAACCCGCUGUUCGUGGAUCGUUCGGGUUCCGCGAAAAAGGCACAAAUUGUCGCAUAUGUUUUGGAGCAUGGUCUUCGAUUGCUAUUUAAACUAUUAUCAACGGAACCUGCCAUUAGGGAAACCUGCAACUUGGAUUCUUCCUUUUGUUCUCAGAUGAUUCUUUCUAAAACUCCAGGUUUCAAUAUUUGGUGCGUUCUAACUGGUCUUUCCACAUUAAAUGACUUAUCAACAUCUCGUACCGCUGCUUCGUCAUCAUCGACAGAAGAUCUAUUUACUAAGCGACUUGCAAAGCGCGCCAAGAUAUAUUCGACCCUCAUGAUGAGCUCUAAAAUGCAUGGGUCAAUGAAUAAGUCUGUCAAUAAAAGUCGAAGUCUCAACACCGAACCUAAUUCGUCCUCUUCCUCGAUUGCAGAUACCCUGCUGUUCUGUCCUGAAGAAACUGUCUUCAGAGUUUGCUCUCUAUUGCGUGCCAAUCACAGGGGCGCUCGGGAAUGGGCUACUCGUUGCCUACAGAUUACACUUAAAUUGGAGUUAACUGGAAUCCCAAAGCUUUCUGAGUCAUCAGAGUCGAUAACGGCAACGGUGUACGGAGAAGGCAUUGGUCUUAAGCCCGUUUCUGUGUUCUUUCGUACGCUUGGUCGAAAGGGAGCACACAAAAAAAUGGCGAGUAAAAUUUUUUAA